AUGUCUUCUGCUUGUUAAGAUAGUUCGACAAGAGGCAUUUUCUAGAAGUAUUUAUUCUACUCAUUUCUUACUUAGGGUAAAAGAUAAGAACAAUUAUGAUUAAGUAAUUGAGGAGAAAAAGAAAACAGAGAUUUGUAAGAACUUUCUUUUCAAGGGUUCAUGCAAAUAUCAAGAGAAUGUAUAGAUAAUUAAAAUUAGUGUUCAUUCGCCCAUGGAGACAAUGAAUUAAGAGAUAGAGUACCUGCAAAUGAAAACUUUAAAACAAAACCAUGUAAGAACUAUCAUAAGUUUGGAACUUGUUCUUAUGGAUUAAGAUGUUAAUACUUACAUUCAGAGAUAAAGGACAAGAUUAAAUGGUGGGGUUACUUAUAGAAAUAGUUUAAAAAGAAUAUGGUUCCAUUUACUUUUCCAUGGGAUAAGCAAGAUAAAACAUCAUAAAUCUAAAGAAUAGAUAUCUUAAGAUUUUAAAGAGUAUUUAAAGAUUAUCAAGAGGUAGAAUAAUAACUAUCAUAUUUUAAAAACCUUUGUGUAUGA